UUGCUGUUUUUUUUCUUAGUCAUUCGACGAAGUGACAGUUUUAUUUAGCGAAGUCGUUGAUUUUGGUGAUUUGUGCGCCCAACUUACGGCAAUGCAAGCGGUUCAAUGCGUCAACGACGUUUACACCCUGUGCGAUCGAGUGAUCGAUCAUCAUCUUGUAUAUAAGGUAGAAACGGUAGGUCAAGUGUACAUGUUAGUCAGUGGUGCGCCCGAGAGGAGGCCCGAUCACGCUCAGAAUGUUGCUGGAGCGGCUCUGAGUAUAUUACGAGAAGUAGAGAAGAUGGAAGGUAGAUACGGAGAGCAGAAAGUUAUGGUGAGGAUAGGGAUGCAUACCGGACCCGUUGCAGCCGGAGUAGUGGGAAGGAAGAUGUUGAGAUAUUGUUUAUUUGGCGACACCGUGAAUACCGCUGCCAGAAUGCAAAGUCACGGAAAGGCGGGGAAAAUACAUAUCAGCGAACCCUGUCAGAAGCAGUUGGUAGGAAGUGCGUAUAAAUGGGAAUUUAGAGGCACCAUCGACGUUAAGGGGAAAGGAAAAAUGAAUACUUAUUGGUUAGUCGGAUUGCAAGCAGACGGAGAAAGUGUUACGAGUUGAACGGAAAGGCCUAUAUUUCUUCGUCGUCUUAAAAAAUUAUUUUAUUAACGAUGUCUAUGUAAAUAAAAUAA